AACGCUCUACACUCUAGAAGAGGCCCGCCUAGGCGCCUACUGCUUCUCUUUUCUUCCUUCCGUCCUUUUACUACUACUAUACUAUAUCUUCCUUCUCUCUCUCUCUCUCUCUCUCUCCCCCCGAAGCCCCCUUCUCUCUCUCUCUCUCUCUCUCUAGAAAAAAAAAAAAAGGGAUCAAAGAAAAAGACAUUUUGCAUUUGAGAUCUCAAUCGAGGUGGACGGUGGUGGUGUACUUGGAGCGGAAUGCUUUCGAGUUCGAACUGAUUAGUGGCUUCGGCUGCUGACUCAGCAUCGGUGACUCCGCAUUGCAGUUACUGUAAUCAACGAGAUAGGGCUUUGCUUUGGCUAGAUCUGAGCUUGUUUGUUUGCUAUCGAGAUAAGCUGGCUGAAAUGGAGGAUGCAAUAGAUGGCAAUGCACCUCUUGAUUAUGCUGAAUUUCAAUUAUUUCCAAGCCAUGACAGAUAUGAGGCAUGUGUAUGCAGUGGCAACAAAAUAGAAACAGUAGCAUCUGGUCUUUUGGGACAGCUGGUGCUGCACUCACCUGAAAUAAAAGAUCUUUCUUCAAGAGGAUCCAAUGCCAAUUUCAAACUUCAACCACCCAAAAGUCUUGAUAGUCGCCAAUGGUUCACAAAAUCAACAUUAACCAGAUUUUUACAUCUUGUUGGUUCACCGGACAUACUGAAUACUGCCAAAGCUAUUGACGAUGAGAUAACUCAACUCGAGGAAGCGAGGAAGUUUCACCUUACUUUGUAUACAAAGGAUAAUUGUGAUCAUUCUGGAGAUGGAACAAGAGAUGGCUCCAACUCGACUGCUGUGGGACCAAAGCUGAAGGAUGAAGUUAAGAUUGCGUCUGAUGCAUCAAAGAAUGAAUUGCUGCGAGCAAUGGAACUGAGGCUAAAAGCAUUGAGAGGAGAAUUAGCUGCUGCUUUCAACCGGGCCACGGUAGCCACAUGCUCUUCAAAGCACAUCUUUGAUAUGGAAAAGCUUUCUCAACAUUUUGGAGCUAUAGAUUUGAGGAGUACUUUGAGGAAGUUCGUAGAGCAUUGCCAAAUGGACCAGAAUGUUGAUUUACCGAGUGAUGAGAAGUCCCCUUCCACGGUUGAUUCAAGAAAUGACAGGUACAGUGCGACUAAGGCUAAUGCUCAGAUACUAAAACCAUUACUGCCAGAUACACCAGUAAAGUAUGGUGUCUCCCCAGCCAAAGCUGCCCAGGUUGAGCGGCAGAGCUCCACAGAAAGUGAGGAAUCUUCUGUCUCAAGCAACGACAAUCAACCGACUGUGGAACGGAGUCGGACUCUGAUCAGGUCUGCAUCACCUAGAAGGUCAGCAUCUCCAAUGCGUAGGGUCCAGAUAGGGCGAUCUGGGUCCCGUAGGGCAACUGCACUAAACAUUAAGAGCCUCAACUAUUUUCCUGCUAGAGACAAGACGUUCUCUAAUAGAGAUGCAACUGCAAACAGUAGUGAAGACGAAGGAUUGGAACACCGCCCCAAAAGAUCAGACAGCAAUGUUAGAAUAAGCGUGCAAGAUGCAAUCAGUCUUUUUGAAAAUAAACAGAAAGAUCAAACUUCAGAUGCCCAGAAGAGGAGGUCAACUUUAGAUGCCUUUCCCGGUACAAAGAAAUCUGUACUGAGAAGAUGGAGUGCAGGAACGGGUGAAAGUUCCACCCAAGACAACCCACAAAUUGCUUCUGAAAAUUCUGUUCUAAUCACUUCUGACCAUUCAGAGGCUGGAGAAAUUCCAAGGAGUUCAUUAGAAGCGAAAGAUGAGCCCGAGUUUUUAGCUGGAGAUAACCACCCUGUUGAGGCUGCUAAAAUGGAUGCACGCUUAGAUACUUUUGAAGAAAGAACGUCUAAUCCUGUAGGGAGUCAAGCAGAAACCCUAGUUAUCCAAAGAGAGGAGAAAACUGAAAAGUUAACGGCCUCAGCCGAAUGGAAUCGACAGAAAGAACUGGAGUUAAAUCAGAUGCUGAGGAAAAUGAUGGAAUGUAAGCCUGUUAGGUAUCAGAAUACAGCACCUGAUAGCAACAGAAGCCAAGAUGUUCCACGUGGGCAGAGAGGGGGGGUUUCUGACCACUACAAAGAAAAGAGGGACGAAAAACUGAGGGGUGAAACUGCGGGGAGGCUAGCAGAGAAAGAGGCACAACCUAGAGCAAUGCAGCAAAUUCUUGGUCAAAGAAAAACUGAAAUGACCUCGGCCAGCAAGAGUUCUCUGGCUAAGCCCCAAAAGUCACGUAAGACUGUGACUCAAUCUGUGAAUCCCAAGAAGGAAACCUCAAAACCUGCUGUUACAAAGAAAGCUUUAGCUAAGACAUCACCCGCACCCGCUAUGCGUAAGUCAUGGUCAACAACACCAUCACCGAGAGCCACUACCGGGACGUCACCAGCUAAAACUCCUUGUGGGACUCCAUCUACUGGCACUACACCUACUCGUCGAAGACCCCAGCCAGCACCGUCAGUUCCUCGAUCUAGCCCAAAGGAGGAAAUAUCCAUACAGCGGCCCA